CUCUUUCGCUUUUCUGCUUCAACUGCCUUUACUUUCCUUUAAUCCUCCGUCCCACAUACCAAUUACACACCUUACACUCAUACUCAUACACAUACACCAUUUCCUUUCUACUUUCUUUCUUUCUUCCGCGCUAAGUUUUUUUCUGAUUCCUCAAUUGAAUUCACCAAAAUUUCUACCUUCCCUGUGCUGCAUGAUAUUCCACGAAACCAAUUCCACAUAAACCCUAGACACUUCAGUUGUCUCAUAAAAUAACUAUAUCUGUGAUGAGUUCGGCUCCUUUUUAAUGGCUCGCGCUCAUCACAAUCACACGCUGCUUUUCAUACUAUACUUUACCUUGUCUUUUCCCUUUCUUGAUUUUGCUUCAUCAUCUUCUUCUUUAGACCAUGAUUUCUCCAUUAUUGAUUCGGAUUUUGACUGGCUCCACGGGGAUUACACUCCCCCGGCGCCGCCUCAGCCUCCGCCGCUGCCGCACCCGCCCUCCCUCACCUGCGAAGACGAUCUCAGGGGAACUGGUUCCUUGAGAACCUCCUGCGACCUCAAUUCCAGUUUGGUUUUCGAUAGGGAUGUGUACAUAGAAGGAAAUGGGAGCCUCAACGUGCUUCAAGGUGCGAGCUUGAGUUGCCCGAUUUUGGGUUGCGUGAUUUUGAUCAACGUCAGUAGGGGGUUCACCUUGCAGAACGGUGCAUCCAUCGUUGCUGGAACUGUCUCUGUGGUUUCCCAGAAUGCCAGCUUGCUCGCUGGCUCUGUCAUAAACGUGACCGGUAUGGCCGGUAUGCCGCCUUCUCAGACCAGUGGCACGCCGUCGGGGACUCAGGGCGCCGGCGGGGGUUACGGCGGCAGAGGUGCCAGCUGUGUCUCCGACAACACCAAGCUUCCCGAUGAUAUCUGGGGUGGGGAUGCGUACUCCUGGUCCUCACUGGACAAGCCGUGGAGUUAUGGGAGCAAAGGGGGGACCACAAGUAAAGAAGAAGAUUAUGGUGGGGAAGGAGGUGGCAGAAUCAGCUUUGAGGUACUUGAUUCCAUUGAAGUCUCUGCGGAUCUUUUGGCAAAUGGAGGUGACGGUGGGAUCAAGGGUGGUGGAGGUUCUGGUGGUAGCAUUUAUAUUAAAGCUCAGAGAAUGACCGGAACUGGCACUAUCAGUGCUACAGGAGGUGGUGGGUUUGCCGGAGGUGGAGGUGGACGAGUUUCAAUCAAUGUCUUCAGCAGACACGACAAUACGAAAUUCUUCAUUCAUGGAGGAGUUAGUCUGGGAUGUUCUGGCAACGCAGGUGCUGCUGGGACAUAUUAUGAUGCUGUUCCUAGGACUCUUACAAUUUGUAAUUAUAACUUAUCUACACAAACUGAUACGCUUCUGUUAGAGUUUCCUAAGGUGCCUCUUUGGACAAAUGUUUAUAUCCAGAAUAAAGCCAAGGCAUUGUUUCCAUUAUAUUGGAGCCGUGUUCAGGUCAGUGGGCUAGUUCGUUUGACUUUUGGCUCUGUUUUAAGUGUUGGGCUUGCUCAUUAUGGUUCAUCAGAGGUUGAGUUAAUGGCAGAAGAGCUUCUAAUGAGUGACUCCACAAUCAAGGUAUUUGGGGCGCUUCGUAUGUCAGUCAAGAUUCACCUGAUGUUGAAUUCCAAGAUGCUUAUAGAUGUCAAUGGUGAACCAUUUGUUUCAACGACUUUACUUGAAGCUACCAACUUAGUAGUUCUCAAGGAUUCAUCAAUUAUUCAUUCUAAUGCAAAUUUGGGAAUUCAUGGACAAGGUUUUUUCAACUUAUCUGGACCUGGAAAUCUGAUUGAAGCUCAACGUCUGAUUUUGUCAUUGUUUUAUACUAUCAAUGUCGAGUCUGGAUCUGUUCUAAGAGGUCCUUUGGAGGCUGCUGGUGAUGAUAUGACACCAAAACUCUACUGUGAACUUGAAAAUUGCCCUGUGGAAUUGCUCCAUCCACCUGAAGAUUGUAAUGUGAAUUCUUCAUUGGCUUUCACCCUUCAGAUAUGUCGGGUUGAGGAUGUGAAUGUUGAAGGCACCAUAACUGGCUCCGUUGUGCAUUUUCAUUGGAUUCGAAAUGUAUAUGUCCAAAAUUCCGGUGUGAUCAAUGUCUCUGGGCUUGGCUGUACUGGUGGGUUGGGUAGAGGAAGGUAUUUUGAAAAUGGAAUUGGUGGGGGUGGUGGACAUGGAGGCUAUGGUGGAGAUGGAUAUUACAAUGGUAAUUUCGUUGAGGGUGGUUCGACUUAUGGUGAUGCUGAUUUGCCAUGUGAACUCGGCAGUGGCAGUGGAAAUGAUAGCCUAGCUGGUGCAACAAAAGGAGGUGGAAUUGUAGUGAUGGGUUCAUUGGAGCACUCAUUAUCAAGUUUGGUCGUGAAAGGUUCAGUUAAAGCUGAUGGAGAAAGCUUUGGAGGAGAUACAGGGCAGGAUGGUAAAAUUACUUCAAGCAUUGGUCCUGGUGGUGGCUCUGGUGGAACUGUUCUGUUGUUUGUUCAGACGAUAUCACUUGGUAAUUCUUCCAUAAUCUCAACUGCUGGAGGACAAGGUAGUCCUAGUGGGGGCGGGGGUGGGGGUGGUGGAAGGAUUCACUUUCAUUGGUCUAAUAUUCUAGUUGGAGAUGAAUAUAUCCCUAUAGCAAGUGUAAAUGGAAGCAUUCUUACUAGAGGAGGACUUGGUGGCGGGCAGGGUCUUCGUGGGAAAAAUGGAUCUAUAAGUGGAAAAGCUUGCCCCAGAGGGCUUUAUGGCAUCUUCUGUGAGGAAUGCCCUGUCGGUACUUUUAAAAAUGACACUGGGUCUGAUAGAGCUCUGUGUCGUGAUUGUCCGCCUGAUGAGCUUCCACAUCGUGCCAUAUAUAUUCCUGUUCGAGGUGGUGUGGUAGAGAAUCCUUGUCCAUACAGAUGCAUAUCUGAUAGGUAUCACAUGCCAAACUGCUAUACCACAUUUGAAGAGUUGGUUUAUACUUUUGGUGGGCCAUGGCUUUUUGGUCUUCUUCUCUUGGGUGUCCUCAUAGUGCUUGCCCUAGUUCUCAGUGUUGCACGAACGAAAUACAUUGCGGGGGAUGAUUUACCACCCCAUGCGUCUUCUCGGAAUGAUACUCGAUUGAACCACUCUUUCCCUUUUCUGGAGUCGCUGAAUGAGAUUAUUGAAACAAGUAGAUGUGAGGAAUCUCAGAGUCAUGUGCACAGGUUGUAUUUCCAGGCCCCAAAUACAUUCAGUGAACCUUGGCAUCUAUCUCAUUGUCCCCCUGAACAAGUAAAAGAUAUUGUAUAUGAAGAUGCCUUUAAUAGAUUUGUGGAUGAGAUUAAUAGUUUAGCUACUUAUCACUGGUGGGAAGGGUCUAUAUACAGUAUCCUCUGCAUCGUCGCAUAUCCUCUUGCUUGGUCAUGGCUGCAAAGGUGUCGAAGAGCGAAAUUGCAGCAACUUAGAGAAUAUGUUCGAUCAGAGUAUGAUCAUGCUUGUUUGCGUUCUUGCCGGUCACGAGCACUCUAUGAGGGGCUGAAGGUAGGUGCAACAUCUGAUCUGAUGCUGGCAUAUCUGGAUUUCUUUCUUGGCGGGGAUGAGAAAAGACCUGAUUUGCUGCCUCGCCUUCAUCAAAGAUUUCCUAUAUCUAUAGUUUUUGGGGGAGAUGGAAGUUACAUGAGUCCUUUCUCUCUUCACAGUGAUAAUAUUCUUACUAGCAUCAUGAGUCAGUCUGUUCCAUCAACUAUAUGGUAUCGGUUAGUGGCUGGUCUUAAUGCCCAACUACGCUUGGUUCGCCAUGGACAUCUAAGGAUAACUUUUGGCCCUGUUAUUAGCUGGCUUGAUGUAUAUGCAAACCCCACAUUGGCUAGAUACGGUGUCCGUGUUGAUCUUGCCUGGUUUCAGCCCACAGCCUCUGGAUAUUGCCAAUUUGGACUCGUGGUACAUGCAACUGGGAAUGAAAGCAUCUCUUCAUCGUGGGAAGGUUACGAAGAUUCAAUAAAUGAAAAGCAGCCACAUUUCCUUAGAGGUUCUAGAAAUCCAGUGCAUUACAUGACAGGCUAUGAACACCCAUUGAUUCCUAGAAAGAUAUCUGGUGGGAUAUUAAAUGCCAAGAACCUGAGAACACUUAAAGAGAGGAGAACAAUAUAUUAUCCUUUUGCUUUUAUUAUUUACAAUACAAAACCUGUUGGUCAUCAGGAUCUUGUUGGUCUGGUUAUCUCUAUACUACUCCUGGGAGAUUUCAUCCUAGUGUUGCUUACUUUGCUUCAGAUGUACUCAUUGUCCCUAUUGAACUUCUUUUUAGUGCUAUUUGUUCUUCCUCUUGGGGUACUAUUUUCGUUUCCAUCUGGAAUUAGUGCUUUGUUUAGCCAAGGACCAAGGAAAUCAGCUGGGCUUGCUCGUCUGUAUGCUUUGUGGAAUCUUACCUCCUUGGUCAAUGUUGCAGUAGCUUUCUUUGGUGGAUUUAUUCAUUAUAUAGUAGCACAUUCAAAUAACAAGCUCUCCAACAACAUUCAAUCCUGGAAUUUUAGUUUGGAUGAAAGUGAAUGGUGGAUGCUGCCAUCCGGUCUAACACUAUGCAAAAUAAUUCAAGCACGCCUUAUUGAUUGCCACGUUGCUAACCAGGAAAUACAGGAUCCCUCAUUGUAUAGCAGUGAUCCUGACGUCUUCUGGAAUUCUUAGAUGUUUUAACUUUGGUUUCUGUAUAUUUUUUUUUAGUGUAGGUGGCAGCUGCCGUAUUUUGUGGCAUUGUGUAAAUUGUAUUGUUAUAGGAAAGGGAAAGGGAAAGGGAAGGUUCAUCAAAGGACAUCGUCAUACACAUCCGUGUUAUUAUAGUUUGUUCUGAUUAUUACUAGGGUCACGUGUCCAGCAAUAACAUUAACAUGGGUAGAUGAGCUGAAAUUACGAA